AUGCUGCGCGACACGCUCAAGUGGCGCGACCAGUGCCGCCGGGAGGAGAUUCGAUGGGCUGACGUGGCGGAGGAAGGCGCGACUGGCAAGGUGUACCGAACGGCGUUCCAGGACAAACACGGCCGCCCAGUCGUGGUGCUCUCUGCCGGCCAGCAGAACACCAACAACCACGCGGGGCAGGUGCGGCACCUCGUGCAUUGCCUUGAGAAUGCCGUCAUGAACCUGCCUGCUACUGCCUGCGAGCAACAGCAGCCGCAGCAGCAGGAUAAUGGCAGGCAGGGGGAGCAGGAGCAGAUGGUGUGGCUGAUUGACUUCCGCGGGUGGAGCAUGCGCAAGGCCCCGCCGCUCAAGACGUCUCGCGAGGUGCUGAGCAUUCUGCAGAGCCACUACCCGGAGAGGCUCGGCGCUGCUGUCAUCUACAGCCCGCCCGCCGUCUUCGAGGCCUUCUGGAAGGUGAUCCGGCCCUUCAUAGACCCGGUGACAUUUAACAAGAUUCUCUCUGUCAACCCAUCCAAGCUCGACACGGUGAAAAAGCUCGAAGGGAUAUUCGACCUGGACCGCCUUGAGGAGGCGUUUGGGGGGCGAUCCAAGUGGACCUAUGACCAUGCGACAUAUGGCGAGAUGAUGGCGCGGGAUGAUGAGAAGACGGCAGAGUACUGGGGGAUAGUGGAGGGGGAGCGGUUGGGGCAGCAGCAGGAGAUUGUGGGGGAUGAGGGUGGGGACGGUGCUGACAGCACUCAGGGCACACAUGCGCAAACGAAUGGAGUGCUCACGAAUCUCCAUAAGAUGAACCUCAACAGGUUCAUCAAGCGACCAACGUGGCCCCAAUAA